AUGUUCAAGUCGCUGACCGGACGUCUAUUUACUGCAGGACGGUUGCUCAAUCCCGUCAGGGUCGCCACGCCGUCGGUGACGUCGUUUAUCUCGCCGCUCCGCACCGCUUUCUCUCAACAACGGUUUGUCACCAUCAACCAGAUUAACCGUGGACAACAAUAUAUCAGCAAGAAAAAGAGAGGCUCCAAGUCGCCGGACCUUGAACAGAACCCUAUCAAGAAGGGUGUUGUGCUCAGAGUGAUGAUCCUCAAACCAAAGAAGCCAAACUCCGCCCAAAGAAAAGCCGCCAGAGUCAGACUUUCCAACGGAGAAGUUGUUUCUGCCUAUCUGCCAGGAAUCGGCCACAAUGCACAGGAACACUCGGUGGUUUACGUGCGAGGCGGCAGAGUCCAGGACUUGCCUGGUGUCAAGUACCACACGAUCCGUGGAGCUAUGGACCUGUCGGGAGUCGCCAACAGAAAAUCGGCCAGAUCCAAGUACGGAGUGAAAAAGCCUGCUAAAAAAGAGUAA